AUUGUGCUUUCCUAUCCCUGCUCAGGCAGGUGGGAGAGGCUGGAGCAGCAGGAGCAGCCGCCGCCGCGUGGGACGUCACUGGGUGACCUGCCAUUGCCGGACGGCCCCGCGCGGGAGGAGACUCUAAAGGGACGAGGGAUCUCUUUUGUCCUUCGGGGCUGCCUGGAGAAAAGGCAGCUUCGCAGCUCCGGCAGCAGCCGUUUCCCCGCUCUCCCGCUGCUGCUGCGUGGGGCGGCAACUUUUGCAGGGAGCCCCCUGUCAACUUAUGCCAGGAGUGGAUGUCCGCCUCUCCAGAAGGUCCUGGAAGGAGAAAGCAAGGGCGGCCGCUGCCCUCCGCUUCUCCUAGAGAAGGCGGGAGCGAAGCGAAGGGGGUUUCAUAACUGGCCAAAUCCCAGAUGGGGAGCAGUGAUAAAAGAGAGAUCGGAAAGUGGGGAGUGUUGGGAGCCGAGAGGUUUGCAGAGUGAGGGCGAGGCCCACCCCGGAUCCUUGGGGCGAGAGGCUUGGCUGCCUGCUAAUCCACCCCAGCCCCGCCCCAGAUCUUUGGGGUGCGCUGGGGUGCAGGCCGCCGAGGCGCUGGCUGCCAAUUUCUUGAUUAAGCAGCGAGGCGCGUUGCUACUUGCGAGCGCAUGUAGAGCCCGCCCGCUUUGACUUUGGGAAGGAGUUGGGGGGGGGGGUCCCUUUGCUUCCUACUGUUCCACGCAGGGCCCUUCCCCCAAUCUGAAGGCGGCUCCAGUCUCCUGGGCAUGGAGGUUCCGGGGAGUUGCGCCGAGCUCCCGCUGCCCCACGACCUGAAGGACCUGGAGAGCAAAGUAGGGCAGAAGGCCCCCGACGGGCUGCUCCGCUGGCUAAGGGAGGAUCCCGCCGCUCAUCUGCUCCGGAGCAGCCCCAGCCGGGGUCUGCGCCACGGACUGGGAGAGAAGAUCAAGGCGCUGAAGCUGGAGCUGGCCUACCUGAGAGCAAUAGACAUCAAGAUCCUACAGCAGCUAGUAGCAGUGCACGAGGGCAUAGAGGCGGUGAAGUGGCUCCUGGAGGAGAAAGGGAUGCUGACCAGCCGCUGCAGCAGCCUCACCAGCAGCCAGUACAGCCUGGUGGAGAGUCAGGAAACAUCCCGGCGGGGCAGCUGGAACAGCCUUCAAGACCCCAAUGACAAGUUGGACAGCAUCUCCAUUGGCAGCUAUUUGGACACACUUGCUGAUGAUAUGGACGAGUAUGGGCAAAGCUCUUCCAUGGAACCCAUAAUGUCCUCCACCCCGGGCAGGCCACUGGCUAGAGCCGAGCUGGAAAGAUCAAAGAAUGACCUAGAUAGGGCCUUUCCUGCCAAAGGUGAGAAAGAGCCGGAGAAAAGCAAAACGUGCCUUGAGAGGGUCCCUGUUAAAAGCCAGAGUUCAAGUGAGCCAAACAGAGCUGCUGGGCAGUCACCACCAAUGGCCAAUGGGAUUUUGGGCAGAAAUGUCCCAGGGCUGGAGCAAAGCACUGAGGUUAAGUUUCCCGUGGCAGCUGCCGAGCAGUUGAGCAGCCCAGCAGCAAAGGCCUCGAGGAGCAGCAGAGUUGACUUGGAGAACUGCAAGUUGAAUAGCAGGAGGCACUUGGAGUAUGAUGCCCAUUGGCAGUGGGUUCAGUCUCAAGACGAUGUGACGUUCUUGUAGCAUCCCAGACUUGCUGCCUGGGCUAGCAGGUUAUGGGCUCAGGGCCUCAUGCAGCUACAGUAGUUUGCACUUUGGACUGGACCAUCUGUUUUCCUUGCCAAAAUGGUUGCUUCUGUUUGCUGCAUUUGCUGGUGGACACAACAUAGAGUUGCAUGGUUCUCCCUUGUCAUCAACCCCCUCUAAGAACAGGUCUUGGGUCGAGCGAUAGCUGUUGGAGGGGUUAUUGACCUUCCAUCAUGGCAUCCUUCAAUCUUGUGCAAUAAUGUUUCUAGUCUCUGAGAGAGGUGCUGCGUUUUCAUGUGUGGCACAUCACUGCUUCCACGCAUCCAUGAGGUUUGGAGAAACAUCUUCAUCUUAAGAGCAACGAGGCACACGUACCUUGAUGCAACCCACAUGGCUUUCCUUGGGAGAACUCUGCCCCCUAUUCUUCCUGUUCAUGUUAAUGGAGAGUUGUUCGUGGGUUUCAGGUGGGAAGCAGAGUCACGCCUUAGACACCACUUCCCCUUCUCAUCUGUUUCAUUAAUAUGCACUUUGAUGGGGAGAUAAUCCAUCCUUUGCUGAAUAGUUCAGCAAAGUCCCAGGUUUAAGAAAGGAAUGGGGAAAACAAAUUCUGGUUUCUUUGCAUCACUCACCAUGAUGAACAUUCCUCUCUGCUCUUCGCUGCCUCCACCUGAGCUGGAGCAGAGGAAAGUCGGGGAGGACUGGGGGGAGCAGGAACCAUUUCUACAGUCCUGGCGUGCAUCAAAGGUACUUUGAGAAGGGCCAGAGCAGGAAUGGGGACACCCAUAUCCAGGGGACAAGCACAGUCCUCCAGACUUCUCUGUCUGGCCUGCAGGGAUCCCCUACAGGCUGCUUUCCCCCAGCUACACUCCUCUGUGGCCACAGCCCUCACCAGUCCUACUUUGCAUCCUCCUUGGGUGUUUUUGUCUGGCUGGACUGUGUCCUUGAACUCUGAAAAUGCUUCUUGGUUGCUUGGAUGGAGGAUAGAGGUGUGAGUGUUUGUGCCUACUCUGUACAGUGGUAACUCUCUGCCCACUGGCACUUCCCUCCACUGAGAUGUGGCCCCCAGAAGUUUGUCUAGAAGUGCCUCUGUUGCACUGAAGGUGUUCCAAGUGUAGCGUCCCCAGUUCCAUGCUUUGAGGGAGCUCAAGUACCUUGGAGGUACACAAACAAGCCCCAGAUCUCUUUCCAAGCUUGAAUUGGGGGGGGGGGCAGGAAUCAUGUUUGGUUGUGCAUUGCUUUUCCAAAGUGUCUCAUGUGCCCCUGAUGCUAAAACAUGAUGUUGGAGACAGGACACUGCCUCUCUCUGGUGUUCACACAUUUUACAAGGCCAGCCUUCAUCAGCCUGGUACCCUUCAGAUGUUUCUGAUCUAUAGCACCCAUCACCCCUGACCCUUGCUACAGGCUAGCUUGAGCAAACAGGGUUGUUGUUGUGGAAACAUUUGAAGGGCACCAGAUUGGGGAAAGUUGAUCAAUGAAAAUUCAGGGGAGAAGAACUGAGGGUGUGCUCAAAUGUUCGGGAGCCAGCAUAUUUUCCGGUGUCAGCUCCGCAGAGGGACACAGACACAGACAGAUAUGCUUUGGUCACUAUCUUCAGGCUGAUAGGCAGGGACCUGGGUUUCUCCCAACCCUAUGUGCUUUGAUUCUGGUGUGGAUUCAAAGAAGUUGACUAGCUUUUCUCCUGUACUAAGAGGGAGAUGGAAUUACCUGAUUUUGUGGGGAUGUCAUAAAGCCAAUCUAAUCCUCCUCUUUUUUAAGAAAGGGAAUAAAGGAGCAGGCUGAAGUAGUUCUGGCUUUGUUUAAAUUAAUGGUACCUUUAACCCGCUUUGGCUGAGACUGAAACAGGACCAAUUUUGGACUGUCUCUGAUGCAAAUCCUCCAGUCUCUUCCCUGUAAGGUUUGACAAUUCAUUUGCUAUUCCCUCCUCCCCACUGCACCAUGCCCCACAUUGCUGCGAUUUUUGACCUACCAGCAUUGUAGACAAUGUCAGAUUAAUAAAAGCAGGGUGGACAGGUGCUGUCAGUAACGCCAGAUAUCUGUCAGCCUUACAUAAUUUUGCAGUGCUUCUGUUGAGGCACGGUGCACUUUCAUCCUGCAAGUUUCAAUACCAUUUUUUCACAGCACAGCAUGCUACAUUCUGAAUCCUCAUGAUAUUCUAUUUGAAAUCCUUUUAAACAUGGUUUUGUAUUUGAGGAGCAUGCAUCUUCUCCCUAGAUUUUCUUUCAGAUCCUUGCGUGCCAAAAUGACACCGGCCAAUCUGGUCUUACCAUCUUUUCUGUGAAGGCUCACUUAAAUUUUCCGUGUCUGUUAUGCUCAUCAUUCUUAAAGGUGCCAGUUCCUCAGCUGCAAUACAACGUCCAGCACUCAGUUAUGCAUGGCGUGUGAUGAAAGAAAAUGUGUCCAGCCGUAUGACAGAAUUUAUUGUGCGUUUGAAUUCUGGUUUUGACAACAAAGUCACAACAGUCCUCUCCUGAAGGUUUGAACGUAAUUCUACGGAGGAAAACACACACACACACACACACACACACACCACAAAGUGUUGCCUCAACAACCUUAAGGACUUGUUCUUUUCUCAGGCCGCUAAGAAGACACACAGAUUUCACAUGUAAUGCUGAGUUGCAAAGGGUGAAAUUGCACAGAACCCUUAAUUGUGUAACAGCAAUUGACUUUUUUUUUAAAAAGGAUUCAACUUUGAACAAUGGGGGGAGGGGACUUUAAUCCUUUCCUCCUAUGUUAUCACCCUGAUACUAUUUCUUCCCAAACUGCUACUUUUGGGGGUGGAGAGCAAAAUUGAGAGAGGAAGGCAUUUUCCCUUCAAACUAUGACAUGGGGCUGACAAAGGGUUAGCUCCUUCCCCACCUCCACCUGAUUGCACCCCCCACCUGAUUGCACCUCCCGGGGUGUGUGUGCAAUUUAAACAGCAUGUUUAAAGACAAACUACAUGCAUUUUAGGAACAAGACACAUUUAUUUCAAUCAUGUGAUUGAUGGUGGCCAAUCUAAUUGGACCCCUGAUGCCUCCUCCCCCCUGAGCCUCUUCUGAGCUGCUGUGGGUUGGUACAAACUAUGUGGUCUUAAAAACCUGAAGAAUCCAAACUCAGAAAUAUUGCUUCAUCUGUCAGUUAUAUCCACCCUUAAAGCUUUUUGUAUGCGUGUCAGUAUACCAACACCUUGGCUUGAAAGGACAAAAAGCCAGCUUGCAGCAGUAGUGUGGGUCAGUGAAUGACGAGAAGAUUAUGAAUAGAUUCCACAAGCAAUGUUGUCUAAUGCCUCUGCCCAUGUUUCCAACCCCAAGAACAAUCACUUGACAGUAUAAAGUCUAGAUCACGAUUCAUAUCAGCAAACUUUGACUUCAGAGCCUGAAAAUGACAUUUUGAAAACAAAUCCGUACAUAUUUGAUUUCAUCCAAAUAAAUGUGCAAUCAAAAUCAGUGCACACAAAUGUGGCAGAUUAACAUUUGCUUCCAAAGCAACUUAAGAACAAACAGAUGUUUACAAUGUGAACGCUUCACAUUUGGGAUGAGUUUGCUUAAAAUAUAUAGUUCACUUCUACUUGCUGCAAAACUUGGAGAAUAUGCCCAAAAAUUGAGAAUUAGAAAACUGGGUGGGAACAAUGUUUGUCUGGUCCAACUUCCUGUCCAGAGACUGGACAGUCCACCCAACUGCUUCAACAUACCUAAUCCAGAUCACAGAAUGUCCCAAGCAGGUGCACGGCUGGGAAAAACCAAACCCUGCGCAGGAAAUGGCCUCAAAUGAUUCAAACCAGAGAACAAAGCAAUAUGCUGCAGAAUAAGGCAAAUAAAGAAAUCCAGGUUCUCUAGGCAAUAUGACCAGAAGGAAGCUUCUUUCCAAAUUGUUAGAAUGCAGAGUAAAUUGCCUUGAAUCACAAUGUAUUGUUCAUCUGGAUACAGCACACAUCACUAGGUGGAGUUUAAAGAUGUUGACCCUUUUUGAAAUAUUCCCAUAACAAAAUUGAUGGGAAUUUCCAGUGUUCUCACCUAGGAGAAUUCAUUUUGCUGUUUGCAGAGAGAAAAGCAUUUUAUAACUCAUGAAGAUUUCUCUUGCAUAGCCGGGAAAGAUGGACUCUUGAGGUUGAUUCUUCUUAAAAACCACAAUUGUGUAUGAGAAAAACAAAUCCCAGUGCAUUCCAGUGGAUAAUGCAAAUCAUAUUAUCAAAUAAAAUUUUUCAGUCUUCCCUUCGGUGUCGUCUCCUUGCUUUCUUAUAUAGACACAAUCACUUGCAGAUGGAGCCCAGCAUAUUAAAUUUUGUGGAAUUAGCUGAGAUUUCCACUUCCUUUUGGAUGCAAUGACAACUACUCCAUAAAAUGUAAAGUAAACUCUGAAUUGCUAAUGUAUUUAAUUGUGUUUAACCGCCUAAUUCAGUUCCCACCAACUCUGAGGUGUGUGCCUUGGGCUCCUCACAGGUAAGGAGCAGUAUUUCUACAGCAUCAGGGGAGCUGUCCAGCCAUUGAGUCAGAAAUAGACCACAAGAUUAGGAACUGGGCAGGAGACAGUGUUGUACUAGCAACAUACAGACAGCAAGGCAGAGAGGUUUUAUAGCUGUGCCUGUUACAGUACCCCUUUCUUGUGCAUCAGUAGGCGCCUGACUCGGAGUACCCUUUUUGGUUCUUUCUUCCAAGCAGGGAUCGGAGAUGGGAGGCUUCAUUUGUUUAUUUUGUUAAAUUUGUAUUCUACCUUUCCAAUGAAUGGAGUUCCAGGUGGCUAACAGCAACCAUGCAAAUACAGUAAAGGGACCCCUGACCAUGGGCCAAAGACUUGCCCUUCUAUGGAGAACUUGGGGAAAUGUAAUGAUUUUAAAGAGACAGACAGUCU